AUGUCGACUAGACCCGCGCCGGAGCUAUCCUCCAGCUCCAAACGCCACCACUUCCACUGGACCAAAAAGAUCGGAACCGAAGACGACGACGACGACGAAAUCCCCCCACCAACCGCCGCCAAACCCUCUGCGAUUCCAACCCUCAAGCAUUCCGCCUCCUCGAUCACCAGAGACGAGAGCAACGCCAGGUUCGGAGGAGGCGGAAUCCCAACUCCCAGAAAGAAGCUCCCCGCCGUGGCCGUGGCCAGGCUCCGAUCCGUUCUCUCCAGUUUCAACAGGAACCGGUUCGGGUCGUCGUCGUCGGGUCUUGGGCCUCGGGUCGUGGGUACCCUGUUCGGGUCGAGAAAGGGCCACGUCCAUUUCGCAUUCCAGAAAGAUCCCACUUCCCCGCCUGCGUUCCUCAUCGAAUUGGCGACGCCAAUUAGCGGUCUUGUUAAGGAAAUGGCAUCUGGGUUGGUCAGAAUCGCCCUGGAGUGCGACAAGAAGCAAGGAGAAGACAAUCAUCGCCAGAGUGCUGGCAAUUCUAGCAGUGCGGUUCGGUUGCUAGAGGAGCAGAGCUGGAGGGCUUACUGCAACGGGAAGAAGUGCGGGUUCGCGGGGAGGAAAGAGUGCGGGGCGAAGGAGUGGAAGCUGCUGAACGCGCUGGAGCCGAUCUCCAUGGGGGCAGGGGUCAUGCCGAGCUACGGGGAAGGGGAAAGGACAGAGAUCAUGUACAUGAGAGCCAAGUUCGAGAGGAUCGUUGGGUCCAGGGAUUCAGAAGCUUUCUACAUGUUGAACCCAGAUAGCAAUGGCGCUCCUGAGCUCAGCAUCUAUCUGCUUAGAGUCUAG